UAGACUCGCAGGGAGCAGCAGGCAGUCCGUGGCCCUCCCUCUCUCCGUGCUGUUGCUAUCCGCAGUAACUUGUGUUUAUUUUCGUUUGUUUUGUGUCCUCCAGCCGGGCUUUUCCGUUCCCCUUCAGGUGCAUUUAAAGCUCUCAGCUCCCGGUAGCGUAGACUGCGCUGCAGGCUCCGCAUCCUUCGUCUGUUGAAGAGAAGGCAUUAAGGAGUUGAUACCGUCAGAAGCAAAGUUGCUGCAGCGCUGGUGUGUGUAGCGGGGAGAAGCGGAGGGAGGGUCUGCUCUGGUGGAACUGGCUGCAUCUGGGAUCCCAAAGCAGCUGCAUUUGCAGGCAGAAGAACUACCGGAGCCUUUAUCCCUUCAUAACACCCGGCCACAGCCAUUCAGCGAAGACCAACAGGGGAGACGAUGGUGAAUCCAGGUAGUAGCGCCCAGCCUCCACCUGUCAAUGCCAGUACCCUUUCCUGGAAAAGAUGCGCAGGUUGCGGGGGCAAGAUCGCAGACCGGUUCUUGCUGUAUGCGAUGGACAGCUACUGGCACAGCAGAUGUCUAAAAUGUUCCUGCUGUCAAGCUCAACUGGGGGAAAUUGGGACUUCCUGUUAUACUAAGAGUGGAAUGAUCCUCUGCCGGAAUGACUACAUCAGGUUAUUUGGAAACAGCGGAGCUUGCAGUGCUUGCGGACAGUCGAUUCCUGCCAGUGAACUUGUCAUGAGGGCACAAGGGAACGUCUACCAUCUUAAGUGUUUCACGUGCUCCACUUGUCGGAAUCGCCUCGUCCCAGGAGACCGGUUUCACUACAUCAAUGGCAGUUUAUUCUGUGAACAUGAUAGACCUACAGCUCUCAUCAAUGGUCAUUUGAAUUCACUUCAGAGCAAUCCGCUACUGCCAGACCAGAAGGUCUGUUAAAAGGCCAGAGUAAUCCAGAAUGCGUGCCUUCAUCUCAAAUUCUGUUCAUCGCAGAUGGAUCCCAUGUCCCCAAUAGACAAGCCACCUUUGUAGCUAGCAUCAGUGCCAGCUUCAUGCCAUUGCACCUUUUCUUGAAUGCCCUUUCCCACAUUAAUCGGUGUAUGAAAAUGACUGAAGAUGAACAUUAAAGAACUUCAUGGACCUGGGCUAAUGGGAGACUUUUAGGGGAGGGCAAAAGAGCUUCACCAGAGGACAACUUUGGGAGGGGGAAAUGACUGAAUCUUAUUGACAAGAAUUGUUCAAAACUGCUUUCUACCCUCAUUACCAAUUAACAGGGCACCGACCAGAAUUUGCACCCUCUGUUUUACCCUAGUGACAUUCUCUUUGCUCUUUGUAUAUUUACGUGUUGUAAAGAAAGUAUGUUCCAAUCAAACAGAACAUAAUCUAAAGAAAAGUUGUAGCUUUUGUGGUACUUGAUCACAAACACUUUUAUUGUAUCUCUGUAAAAUACAAUGUACGUAUGCAUGUACGUGAUUUUUUUUUUAAUGCUAAUUUUUAUUUUAUUUUUUUCUAUUUUUUUGGUCUUAUGUUGCUACUUCCCAUGGCAAACAAAAAUAAGGGAAGGGGCAGGAGAGAACUGCUAUUGUGUAGAAAUUUUCACCUACUUGCUGGUUGAAGAAAAAUCUUUUAUUUGUGAUAUUUUCAGAGACAUUUGCUCUAGUAUGGUGUAUUUAAAUAAUAAAAAAUUAAAAUGCUAUCGUUUAAAA